AAGUCCUCGGUCACCCCACGACCACCUCAUCACGCUCUUCGCCACCUCUUCAGGUCUACCUAACGGUCAGCACUCGAAGACGUAGUGACAAAGCAUAGCCACACCUCUCCACUCCUUCCUUUAUUGUCCUUUCUCUUUAUCAGGUCCCAGUCCUGUCUAAACACACACACACACACACUUUCUUAAACAUGAGUCUCGAUAUCCCCCGUUCAAACUACGGCUUCUUGCCCGAAACACACCCAUAUGCCGCCCCCCUCUCUUCUUCGGCAUCCUCUUCCACCUCAUCAGUAUUCUCAGACGCUGCAUCACAAACAUCCAGCGCAAGUUCCAGAUCAACCCAUUCCAAUUGGGACUCUGAAGAAUGGAGUCGCAGCCAGGCCGCACAGACAUCUACUGUUGACCCCACCAGCCUGUCUGCCUUUCAACAACUUAGCAGAGUAAGCACUUUCCCUCAGUAUCAACAUGCAGUAUGUCGCGACUCUAUGCCAGAGAGGCUCCCUUCUCUGCGUGCAGAGUUCCUGGCCCCACUGGAGCAGCGACAGAAUCCACGUCGAUCAUCGGCGAACGUCAACCAAAGACCUCCACCCCAGCUCGUCCGGCAAUCUGAUCGCAAGGUCAACUUCGUCGAUUGCCUCGUCGAUUCCGCUACUCAAAUGGUAGAGGUCAUCUGGCAGCUGUCUGAGCCCAAGAGCCGCUGUGAGAAUGCUUCUGGACGCGGGGUACUUCCUCUUCGCAUGUUUAUCCAGGAGACUCUCCGCCGAUCGCGCACCAGCUACUCUACGCUCCAGGUUGCUCUGUACUACUUGAUUCUCAUCAAGCCCCACUUGCCCAAGCAUGACUUCACCAUGUCACAGCCUGAAGAUGCUUCUCUUCGCGCCCUCCAGUGUGGUCGUCGCAUGUUCCUUGCUGCGCUCAUCCUCGCAUCAAAGUACCUGCAGGACCGCAACUACUCGGCUCGCGCGUGGAGCAAGAUCUCUGGCCUCAAGGUUUGUGAGAUCAACACCAACGAAAUGGCUUUCCUCGAGGCUGUGAACUGGAAACUCCACAUUGUGGACUCGAUAUGGGAGAAGUGGCAAGAGGUCGUUUUGCGAUAUACUCCUACCCUUCCCCCUCCUUCACCCGGAGCUUCCAUUCCCAACCACUGGAAAGAUGUUAUUCCCAUGUUGACACCUGAGCUGGAUAUCAUUGAGGUGACCCCUAAGGCUUCCAACGCUCCUGUUCGCCCGCCAUUGAGGACACAGCUGAACGCGUCGCCCUACCGCCAGCCAUCUCUUGACAGAUGUGGAUCGCAAGAAAGCACGCCAACACCGUCUCUUUACCAGGUGCCUCGCUUCUUGGAGCCAAAGCCAGACCUUGUUCGCACACCAUCCCUGCCAUCCAUGGCUCGCUUGGGUCCUCUGCCCACGCCUUCACUGACACCGCAGCCAAUCGCCAACAACACCCCUGUCGCGGGUGCCAUGUCUUUUGGACUGCGACGUCCGUCCAUGUGCACAGCAAUGCAACAGGCGCAGUGCUCCUCAUUGGCGCGCUCUUGCGUGGAUCAGUUCAACCCGAGCAUCAAGAACGGUCUGGAAGCCUACCACUUCCCGAGCCGACGACCUUCCUUGGCUGCUUCCAACGGUUCCCUAUCAUCAUCUCCAGAGUCCAUGAUCUCGGAUAACUCACGCUCCUCACGUGCCUCGUCAAUCUCGUCAGUUUCAUCCGCCGGCUGGGCGCCAAACCAAAGUCAAGCCAAUUUGGCCCGACUGGCGACCUGCCGCAGCGCAAAACUGCCGUACCCGACGUUGUCCAAGUGCAAGGAGCAAUACGAGUACGCCCCGAGCGAGGCCUUGUCCUCUCCCGAUCUGGAUAGCUUCCACAUUGAUGAUUCGGAUUCUUCGCCUGCCAAGGUUGCGAGCCCUGCCGUUGUUGCUCCUGCUAGCCGUAAGCGCGGAAGGUCAUCUGUUGAUCUCCAGCAAAACGUGCGACACCUCCUCCACACGACCCGCUCUGCAUUUGAUCUUCGCCACAAGACUGUCCUUCCCGACCGAUCGGUUGUACAGCCAUUCGCCUUUACCUCGCGCAGUGAACCGAAGGGGCUGCAGUCCCCUAAGAACACCGCGCCUGGUUGCUCGCGUCUCCCGGUCCAGAAGGACUUUGGCAAGAAAAGAUCAUGCUGCAGCACAGAGGCCGCACAGGCAUAUCGCCCGCAAGGCCCUGGCAUGUGGGCUGGUAUCCUAUGAAUAUGACAUAUUGUCUACGAGUACUGAAAAGCCAAAAAGAGAAGGCUUAACGAAGAAAGGGCAAGGUAACACCAACCCCCCUACUGAUUUACUUUUACCCUUCACAUCCACAUCAACACAUCCACAGUCUCUCUACACGCCCGUGUAUAUUUUCUUUAACCACGUCUAAACCACUCGACAGUGUACGUUUUCCUAGUUUUGGGACGGCACAAAAGGGUGUACAACACAUGUUUGAUUUUGCAGCUAUUUAGCUCUCUAGUUUACCUAAUUGGUUUACUUGUUGGCGUUUCUUUUUUUAUCAUCUCUUUUGUUACAUGUUACCAAUCUUGGCGUUAACAAUUAUCACUGGGAAGCUUGCUCGGUUGAGCAACAGGUGGGAAAUAUCCUCGAUUUGCAGCAA